AUGGAAGAAGUUCCUCUAUUUCGUGCACCAAAGCGGAGAAAGGUCAUCAAGCCACCACAUGUCGAGAGCGAUGCUACGACACCAACAACAUCGCAGGACCGCGACGGAUCUCCAAUAGACGGAGAACAGAGCGGCAACGAGGCUUAUGCUCCCGCUCACCGCCUGAAAAAGCCUUUCAAGCCAUCAAGGCCGGGAGUAACCUUCACCAGCAAUGCUCGAACUCGCGUUGAAGCUCCAGACACAAUGACCGUGGUGCCUUCAAGCACAGCAGACGACAGGUUGAAAGACAUUUCGAAUAGAUUCGUUGGCAUCACAGGUGGAACUGUGGACGUCGACAAACAUAUGAUGGCAUAUAUAGAUUCCGAAAUGGCUAAACGGCGUCAAAUGCCCACUACAGCAGCACAUAGUACAGAGACAGAGCCGAUAUCAGUCGAAGAAUCAACAGAACCUCGUCUUCCAGCAUCAGCCCUGGUGGCCGCCUCGCAAAGUUAUCAACCUCAGCACCAACCGCACCAGCUCUCUGAGGUCCCACUCCCUCCCACGACCACUGAAUCCAAACCCCCGCCCAGACGCCAACGCAAACCCCGCCUAGGCCGCGACGGCAAGCCCAUGCGCCCCCGCCGUCCCAAGCGCCGCGACUCCAGCGACCUCGCCCGCGAUGCCCUCGUCGAGCAGGUCCUGCACGAGCACAAGCUCGAGCACUACUCAUCCACGCCACCACCCCCAACCCCACAAGUGGCAGCAUCCCAGGACCCCACACUGCCUCGCUCCGGAAUCCCUGCCAAUACCGCCGCCUCCAGCACCGUGACGAGCCAAGAGCAAGACGAGGCGUUCGCUCUGCGCUUCCAGCACGAGUUCGAGGAGAGGCUGGCGGAGAGGCAGGCGAUGCAGCCGCAGCGGCGCAAGGAGGCGGGCGACAAGGACAAGGAGAAGAGUGGGCCACGGCUGGGUGGGAGCCGUAGCGCCCGGGCGAAGAUGGUGGCGAUGCGGGAGGCGGAGAAGGCGAAGACGGGGCGGUGA